AUCAUCUGAAAGUUUCUGUUGGAUUUCCUGCUACAAUAGUGUCAAAAUGGUGUUGACUGUAAAGGACAUGACCUUCGAGCCUGGCAAGGAGCUGAAGAUCUGUGGCAAACCAAAAUCAGGAUGCUCUGUUUUCUCCAUCAACAUUGGUCAUGACUGCGACACCAUAGCCCUCCACUUUAACCCACGUUUUGACCAUGGUUCGGACCACCACAUCAUCGUGUGUAACUCCCUGAGGGAUGGCUGGGGAGAUGAGCAGAGAGAACCUCUCUUCCCUUUCAACGAGGAUGAGGAGUUCAAACUGGUCAUCAAUUUUAACAACGAACACUUCUACAUCAAACUGCCCGACGGCAACAUGAUUAGCUUCCCCAAUCGCUUUGGUGACGACAAGUUUAACCACAUCCACGUUCAGGGCGAUGUCAAGAUCUACAGCAUCAAGAUCAAAUAAGGACCACCAGGAUGGGCAUUCUACGUGCUACCACCCAGCUAGAGCAGCUCAUGAAAAUUUAUGUACCUUUUUACAUACAUCUUUGCCGUAACGCUUGUCUCUCAUAACGUCCAUAACACAUCUCUACUGUUCUAGAUAAACUCAAAGCACUCACUUGAAUGAAUAGAAUGUCUAAGUCUGUGAC